GACCAGCAGAAUAUCAACAAUGCCUACGUCUCAGGCAUGAAAGAAGACCUCUCCCUCAACGGCAACGAACUAAACUACUUCACCACAACUUUCAACGUCGCCUACGCCCUCAUGCUCAUCCCCUCGCAAAUCAUCAUAACCUGGGUUCGACCCUCCUUCUGGCUGUCCGGAUUAGAAGUCGCAUGGGGUAUUAUGACAGGUCUCAUGGCGAUGGUGACGUCUGCGAAGCAGGUGUAUAUCAUUCGAGCGUUCUUGGGUGCAUUUGAGAGUUCGGCUUGGCCUGGGAUGAUGACGAUUUUGAUGCAUUGGUAUACGCCGAUGGAGUUGGCGAAGAGGAUGGGGUUUUAUCAUAGCUGUCAGUCGGUGGGAAACAUGUUAUCGGGAGCGCUACAAGCGGCGAUCAUGAAGACUCUGGAUGGGAAUCUGGGGCUUGCUGGUUGGCGGUGGCUGUUCGUCAUCAACUCCAUUAUGACUGUCAUCUGGGGCUUCGCGGGAAUCUGGAUGUUACCUGACUACCCCAAUAAGACCAACCCCCGCGCAUUCUGGUUCAGCAGCGCCGACAAAGACCUCGCCGUCGCCCGCCUCCUCCGUCACAAACGCGCCGAAGCCAAACCCGUCACCCUCGCCUCCGCCCGCCGCACUUUCUCCAACUGGCUCGUCUACUUCAUCGCCGUCCUCUACGCCGGAACCGUGCUGGCCACGUACGGGUACAAUUACUUUGGCUUAUUCCUGAAGAGUCUGACGAGAAGUGAUGGGAGCAAGCGCUGGACGACGGAGCAGGUGAACCUCAUUCCGAUUGGAGGGAGUGCGAUUAAUAUGGUCUUUGUGUGGUUCUGGGCGGUGGCGAGUGAUGUGUUGCAAACGAGGUGGACGUUGAUUGUGGCGCAGGGUGUCAUCUGCUUAAUCCCCUGCAUCAUCAUGUCUGUCUGGACUUCCCACCCGACGCAGCUCCCGAUCUCGGCUGCGUAUGCGAGUUACUUCAUCAACUUCAUGUGUCUCGGUACUGCGCCGUUGAUCAUGAGUUGGCUGUCCGACCUCAUUCCCCAAGAUCCCGAAGCCCGCAGCUUGAUCGUCGGAGUCGCCAUCGCGACGUACUACGCCAUCGGAGCAUGGUCACAGGUCCUCGUUUGGCCGGCGAGUCAAGCUCCUUACUACAAAUUCGGCUGGCAAUCCGCCCUCGCAAUCUGGGUCCUCUGUAUCGCCAUGACUAUCGCCUUGCGCUACAUCGAUGUGCGAUGGAUGAUGCCAAAACGACUUGCGUUCGCCGAAGGGAUUGAAAGGGGCGAGAUAUCUAUUGCUGGACAGACGGCUGUCGAGGGCGUGGUUGCCGAUGUUGAAGAGAGUGUCGAUGGUAAUGGGAAGAGAGACGGGAAAAAAGAUGCGGGGGUGCAGGUGACUGAUGACCGUUGA